AUACAAUUCCCUGGAUACACAUCAGUGAGUGAAGAUGAACAGAUGAUCCUGGUGAAAAAAUGAAGGUGGUGAUCAGUUUAUCAUUAAAAAGUUCAAUGCUGGGCAGGAAAAUGAUUUAAACUUUCUCCUACAACUCAGUCAUCCACACAUCGUCCAUCACAAGGAAGUCAUCACAGGCUGACAGAAAUUUCAAAAUUCAUAUUGUGUUAACAUAUCUGAAGUUACAGGAGUAUAUUUAUUCUCACUUACAGUAGUUUGAUCACUUUAAUGAAUGAAUCUGUUUUCAGGUCCUGACUGCUUGUAUCUUGUACUGGAGCACUGUGAGGGUGGAGAUCUCGCUCAGAAAAUCAAACACAAAAUACAGGCAGCAGAUAGGCCUACAUUUCCUGAGAAUGAGAAACCAACCACUAACAACAUCGCCGGCCAACUUUACUGGCUAGACAACUUAUUAACUGGAAGUCAGCAAGCCCUCCUGUUUAUGGCCAUUGGGUUUAAGAUGUUUUGCAUGCCUUUGCAGUGGAAAAUUUCUCAAUCACAGAGAAACAGAAGCUGAAACUUUUCUCUAAAGGUUGGACCCCAUUCCUGAAAUACAUUGAGAAUACAAAUAUGUCCUAGUGUUAAUUCUCUCUGUGUGUAUUUUUAUUUGUUUAUUUACAUUUAGUUUUUGCCCUUGUAUGUUACUCUCUCUUUCGGUGUGUUUAGCGUGUAAAACUGUCUGCAUUUAUACAGCUUAUUUAUCAUUGUGAUCCGUGCAUAUCUUUUCUUCUUCUUCUUUACUAUUUUGCUCUCCUGUCUUCCUGGAACAUUUGCAGUCUGUUCCAGUAAAAAAAAAUAAAAAAUAAAAAAAAUAAGUCUGAUCAAAAGAUCACACAAAAAUAGCAACUACAAGAAAAACUGAAUAUUUCAAAUAUGAAUAACAUUAGCUCCUCCCUGAAGGAUCAGCACCUGAACUGUAAAUGGAGAUUCCCCCAGUAUAAAUGAAGAGAAGGUGAAAAUCAGAGCAUUAGAACUUUAGUGUUACAGUCCCAUAAACAACCUCUAUAAUUACUGUUUUGAUUUUUGUGGCAAAAGACCAAAAAUAAAAACAAAACAAGUGAUAGACAUCAUCAGCAGAAAACGGGAAUGGGAGGAGUUGUGUCUUCACCAGAACGAAAGAUUGUGCUUCUUGGGAAAACAGGAGAUGGCAAAAGCAGCUCUGGAAAUACAAUCCUCCAAAAAAAAGCUUUCAAAUGCGAAGCUUCACCAAAUUCCACAACAUGUACAUCUGAAAGAGAGCAUGGGACAGUAGAUGGAAUAAAUCUUACAGUUAUUGACACACCUGGAUUCUUUGACACAAACGGUCAUAAUGAUAAGGCCAUUAAAACUGAGAUCAUUAAAACCAUUACUGAAUGUGCUCCAGGUAUUGAUGCCUUUGUCAUUGUUCUAAAAGUUGACAGGUUCACAAAACAAGAAAUUGAGAUUGUGAAAAAAAUCGGUGAGUAUUGUGGAGAGGAAAUCUUUAAACAUGCAGUGGUUUUAUUCACUCAUGGCGAACAGCUAAAAGAUCAAACCAUUGAAGAAUUUGUUCAGAAAAGUCCCAAACUGCAGGAGUUUGUUUAUAAAUGUGGAGGUCGCUGUCACAUCAUCGACAACAAUUUCUGGAAUCAAUGUCUCCAUUGCCCCUGUAGUUGUGGACACAAAAGUAAUAAUUUCCAGGUGAAAAAUCUUCUGGAUACCAUAAAUAAAAUGGUGCAAGAGAAUGGCUGCUACACCAAUGAGCUUAUGCUCAUUGCAGAGCAAGAAAUUCAAAAGGAGAUGAACAAUGAAAACAAAGACAAUUUAUCUUCAGAAGAGAGGCGUGAAAGAGCAAAGAAGAAUGUUUCAAAAAAAUUCCUCAUUCGGCUCGCAGGGGUGGCCACAGGGACACUGGUUGGUGCUUUUCUGGGCAUCGGAGUUGCAGUGGCCUCCGUUGUGGCUUUACUGAAGGGAGCAAACUGCGAUAAAGCAGUGAUGCUGGGAAUAGCAGCAGCAGAAGCAGCAGCAACAGUAGCAGGAGCAGGAGCAGCAGGAGCAGGAGCAGGAGCAGGAGCAGGAGCAGGAGCAGCAGCAGCAGCAGGAGCAGCAGCAGCAGGAGCAGGAGCAGGAGCAGGAGCAGCAGCAGCAGGAGCAGCAGCAGCAGCAGGAGCAGGAGCAGGAGCAGCAGCAGCAGCAGCAGCAGCAGCAGGAGCAGGAGCAGGAGCAGCAGCAGCAGCAGCAGCAGCAGGAGCAGCAGCAGCAGGAGCAGGAGCAGGAGCAGGAGCAGCAGCAGCAGCAGGAGCAGCAGCAGGAGCAGGAGCAGGAGCAGCAGCAGCAGCAGCAGUAGCAGGAGCAGCAAAAGCAGGAAUAGUGACAGCAGCCGGAGCCGCGGCAGUGGAGGCAGGAGUUGUUGCAAGCGCCGGCAUCGGAGCAGCAACUGGUGCAGGAAUCGCUGUUGUUGUUGUUGCUGGAACAGCAGCCCUUGCAGGAGCGAUCGGAGGAGGCAUCACUGGAUUCAAAGCAACAGAAGAAGCUGAUUCUGUGGUUGAUGCCAUUAAGAUUGCGGCCAAUACCAGCUAUAACAAUGCAAAAGGGGUUGUUGAAAAGGCACAUCAACUGCCAAUGAAUGUUCGUAAGAAGUUUCGGUAG